AUGCGCCACCUAGAGUCGACGACGCAGGCCACCGUCGAUGCGCUCUACAAGAGGGGCCAGAAAGCUGUAACGUACAUGCAGCAACAGCAGAGCGUCAACACUGAACAACUGCAGAGUGAGAUCCAAAGGUGUGCCGAGUCGUGUCGAAGGCUAGAAGGCGAGAAUGCGAUGCUUAGAGCCAAUCUGGAGGCACUGAUGAGACACCUGGCCGUUCUGCUGAGGCCUUCUGCCCCGUCAGAGCCCGCCGGCACGCAGGCCUCGCAGGCACUUGAUGAACUGGAAACGGCAUCACCUGCGCACCGCGAUCCUGACACAGACGAGGUGGCCGAUGUUGCUGCCGGAUCCGGGGAGAGCGGCAGCCUGGCUUCGACGCAAGCGGAGACUCCGUCGGAGACGCCUGGAGCUUCUGAGGUUUUCACCCUGACACUACGAAGAGCUGACACCGUUCCUGUUGGACUCCAUGUCACAGGCGAGGACGGCCUUCUCGUGGAACGAGUGCUACCAGGGGGUGCCGUCGAGGCCUGGAACCGACAGUGCCCCGGCGUUCGUGAGAUCCGCGUCGGUGACCGCAUUGUCAGCAUCAAUGGCCAAGACGAUGCCGAGGCUAUGCGGACGGAGUGCCUUACAAAGUACCUCCUCAGGAUGACAGUGCAGCGCGGCAGCGGCGGCCUCCGAGCAGAGGCGGACGAGUUUGUCCCGCAGGCCUAA